AUGAGCUCCAAUAACUUUGACAUUGUGAACUCUCCAAUCAUGCAAUUCUUCAACGGCUUGAAGCUAAAGUCCGGAGAAGAAUCCAUCGAACUUCAAUACUUGCAAAAGAUAUCUGAGCAUCCAGAAAGACAGAAUGAGAUUUUUGAAGAAAUGAUGGCGGAGGUGAUGAAAAAUCCUUCCAAGUCCUACUUUGAAAGCACUUUGUCUAAUGCAAAUGAUCUAAAAAUGAUGAAGGAGAUGUUCACCUCUUUUCCUUUGUCGUCCUCGGAACAGGAAGGAAAUCAAGUGCUGCCCCGCCCCAAAGCUCCCGACCUCAAGACCAAAGUCUCACAUGCCACUGAGCUUUGCAAUCAAGUCCAGGCAGAAAGUUGA